CUUUCUUUUUACUUCUUGGUUUUUUUGCACCGUCUACCAACUUUUACCCUACCUGACCGUGAAACUGAGCUGGCUUAAGUUCACCUUUUAUUUUCCGCAAAUAGUGGCGAACAGACUGGCUGCUCCAAACCCACGAUCCACUACUUGAAGGGCCCAAUGGGUUACGUCGGAUCGAGGCACUGUGGUUCACUUAUAUCAGGAGUACACGUUAACGUUGAAGCUGGCACGAUCGAAACUACGGGCAAGCUUGGUAACUAUGGACAACUUCCACUGGUCAGAAACUGCGCCAUAUCUCAGGGCAUUAUUCAUCCACAAUUUGCAAGCUUCAUCGCCCAAAAAUACACAACUGCACCAAAACUAACGGCCACAAGCCUCAUGCUAACCUCUGUACCACAGCUGAACCUGGUGCGAUCAAUAGCCUCGAGUCAACGUCAUUGUGCUCCAAUAACUGGUGAUCACGUGCGUCUAUGGCAAGCCGAGCGAGUUACUUCUGCUAUCCUAAUAGGACUUCUGCCUGCUUGCAUCUUGCUUGAGAAUCCAUUUGUCGACGUAACGUUAUCUGUCUUCAUGGUCAUGCACAGUCACUGGGGUUUGGAAGCAAUAGUAAUCGACUAUGCUCGACCGAUAGUUGUGGGUAAUAUCGUCCCAAAAAUAGCUCAUUUUGCACUGAAUCUUUUUUCUGCCGCUACACUAGCUGGUCUGCUUUUGCUAAUUUAUAAUGGUCCGGGUUUGGGGAAAACUGUGAAGAAUCUGUGGACUGUUGGCAAAAGUGAAGCUGCAAAAUAGAAAAGAGAAAAAAUAACAAUUACGCGUGUUCACGUUUUGUGUAAAAGAAGAAAACGACAAUAUACGACUAUUGUUUUAAGUUAUUAGAAAUUAUAUAGUUGGUAAAAAAAAAAAAAUUUACCAUUGAAUAAAUUAUUGUUUGCCAUGAUAAAUGAAUGUAGCUCAUUAUUUCGUACAUGAAGAAAAGAUUCGGCAUAU